UAUAAGUAGAAACCCCUACCUGGUAAGUUGUAAUAGUGUAGGAGGUCCCUUGUUGAAUUUACUAGCGUUUCUUUCUGGUUCUUUUUUCUUUCUUUAUUUCCUUUCAUGUUGUUUUGAAAUCUCAUGGCAUGCUUAGACAUGUAUAACUCCGAGCAUAAAGGCCGCUGCGCUCCAAUGAGCCCAAGAAUCUCCUUCUCUAACGAUUUUGCUGAGUCUCAACAUAUGAUGAAGCAAGAGAGGAGCACAAGAGAGGCUCCAGUCUCCUCCGACUUCGAGUUUUCUGUCACAAACUACUCAAUGAUGAGUGCGGAUGAGCUGUUUUUCAAGGGUAAGCUUUUACCAUUUAAAGACAACUGCAACAAUCAAAUGCACAGGACUUUGAGGGAAGAGCUUCUUGCAGAGGAUGAUAAUGAUAGUCAAGUGUCAUUAAAGCCCCCAAAAGGUUAUUCUACAAGGUGGAAGGGAUUUCUAGGUCUCAGGAGAACCCACAUUGGCUCCAAGAAAGCUGAAAAGAGUGACGGGUCAGUGGGGAAAGGUGGUGAAAGUAAAAAGUCUAUUUUUGGUCACGACGAUGCCCAUGUUACCACCAAGGCUUCAAAGGAGCUUCUGAAUGAAGGAGGAUCAAGUUGCAGGGAUUUGGAGAUUGGGUAAUAGUGCUGUAGGGAUUUGGAGAUUGUGUAAUAGUUCUGUAGAGAUUUGGAGAUUGGCUUCAUGCAUUUUCUACUACUUUUAGCAGAGGUUCGGAUGAUUUAGAUUGUCUUACGUUAAUGGGUUGGGUUUAGCUUGGCUUCAUUUAGAGUUAGACUGUCUAUAUUUCUAUCAUAUGUUAGCUAAAGAAGUUGGUGUUUUGGCUGGUUUUUUGUACAAAAUGUUUGCAGUUGGAGAAUUUCUUCUGUAUCAGCUUAAACACUGAUUUAUUAGUUAAAUUUUUAUGUUCUAGUGGAAUCUACUUAUGUAAUUUCUUUGA